CAAUGUUUUAACACAAAAAAAAAACAAGUGAAAAGUGAACAUUGUAUUUUUUGUAGUUAAAUAAUGAAUAUUAGUGCUACAAACAUGAUUAAAGAUAAUAAUUCAACAAAUAUUGAAUCAAUCAUGACCACAGCAGCUCGCACACCAUUGAAAUCAUCAUUUUCAAUUAACUCAAUUUUACCUGAGACAUUAAUGGAUCGCGGACGUGAUUUACAGUGUAAUAAUAGUGUAAUUAGUCAUAGUCCUUCGAUAUCACCAAAUUUAGAUGAUGAGGACCAUGAAUUAAUUAGUCAUAGUGAUGAGAAUUCAGAAGAUGAUAGUGAUUUAGAUGUAACCGGUGAUGGAACACCUCCACCAUUAGAUUGCACCAAAUCAAAAGAUAAUCAAACGGAUAAGGAUAAUAACGAUAAAGAAGAAAGUGCGGAUAAAGAUGGUACGCCAAAAAAGACAAAUGGUAAUGAAAAACCACCAUACAGUUAUAAUGCAUUAAUUAUGAUGGCAAUUCGACAAAGUAAUGAAAAACGUUUAACGUUGAAUGGUAUUUAUGAAUAUAUUAUGCGUAAUUUUCCAUACUAUCGGGAAAAUAAGCAAGGAUGGCAAAAUUCCAUACGUCAUAAUUUAAGUUUAAAUAAAUGUUUUGUGAAAGUACCACGUCAUUAUGAUGAUCCGGGUAAAGGAAAUUAUUGGAUGUUAGAUCCAUCUUCUGAAGAUGUUUUUAUUGGUGGUACAACAGGAAAAUUACGACGAAGAUCUACCGCUGCAUCACGGUCACGCUUAGCCGCAUUUAAGCGUACUGUAGUGUUAAAUGGCAUGUAUCCUGGAUCAACAGCCGCUGCAGCGGCGGCAGCAUUUUCUUCGGGAUACAAUCCAGCAUUCAUGGGUUUAUAUCCAAAUCCAGCAAUUUUAGCAUCAAUGUAUCAACGAUAUCAUCCAUAUAGUAAUGGGAUACCUGCAUUAAAUAUACCAAAACCAACGCCUAUAACUCCUGUAAAUGGUUUUACAGUAGAUCGAUUAUUAAAUGCUUCGGGUGAAGUGCCACAUUUUCCAGCUAGUUUAUUACGUGCUCCAUUACCGGGUACAGCACCACCAAAUGGACCUGGGGGUGCACCACCUUCUAGUUAUGAAUUGUAUAAUAAUUUACGAAUGCCACAUUUAUUCCAUCAUCAACAGUUAAUGCAUCAAGCGGCUCAACAACAAGCUGCGUUACAUCAACAAGCGGUUUCGCAACAACAUCAAGCCCAACAGCAUCACCACCACCAACAACAACAACAGCAACAACAACCGUUAACGAAUACAUCUUCUAGUUGUUCUAGUUCGCCUGAACCACCCUCAGUUCAACCAAUGAGCACAUCACCGAUAUACAAACCUAUAACAGUUAUUUCACGGCAAAGUUAAAUUUUAAUAUUGUUUUAGUUUAAUUUAAAUUAGCGAACAUUUUUCUAAUAGGUAUGUUAAAUUUUAUUAUUUUCAUACCAAAACAUUAAUUUAUUUUAGAAAAUCGAA